AUGAAGAGGGUUGUGGACCUUCGGCAAGGAAGGGUCUUCAGCCACAAAGCAAUCCAGCAGAAGAAAGAUGGAAGAAGUAAUCGUCAAGCUUCGGGUACCGGUGUGACACCUGACGAUGGCUCUCCGAUGCUUAAGUUAGCAAAGAAGAGAAAAUGGGAUUUUGCACAAAGUUUUGAUGUGGGACUUUGUGCAAAUUACCGUGGUGAUGACAUGUGUCCAAGGCUUUAG